UGCCAUCAUCGCCCUUUGUCAGCAGCCCUAAGCAGCGCCAUCGUCACUCUGUCGAAUCACACCAGAAGCAGGUUUCCAUCUUCGACAAGUCGCCAGCUUCGACGGCUACGCAAUCUGGUGCGCAGUUGCUCAUGCAUCGUAACAGGACCCUGAUUUACACAUGCCGUCUAUUGAAUCCUUCCCUUCAAGAGUUCCGUCCAACCGCUGCAGGAGGUGCAGACGAGCAUGCCCGCGCUAGCGAAACACGUCGAUUUGAAGCAUGCACCCGAGUCCACAGCAGCUCUUAUGCAUCGCACCUCGAGCACACACUUGCAGUGCACCGUUGAGUGCUGUCUUUGAUACGCGGGCUUUGACAGUUUCAGCUCUCCUGUCUGUGCCCCACGCCACGACCUUUGAACCUCACACCUUCGUACCUCAAUGCAUCUCACCUUACCGCUCUUCACGGAGCUCUACACCGCUGUUCACCGCUUUUCUAACUCUCCCUACUUUCUUGUCCUGCAUCGGCCUGGGUCAUCUGACGCCUCUUGCUCUGGGACAGCUCGCUAGUUGCGGGUUUCCCGUUUCAUUAAUCCACUCCCACAUGCUUCGCCGCGCCAUCGCCUGCAUCGUCUAGGAACAGGGUCCGCUUUCUCCGCACCUCGUUGGCAGAGCAGU